AAAAACCAAAGGUCACCCUCCACGCCCGUGUACAGUCUGGUUUGAGCAUCAAGAAGAACGAGGAGAUCCGUAUCGACGCCUUCAUCUCUGGGUCCCCUUAUCCUAAAGUCACCUGGAUGAGGAAUGACGAGGAUGUCACCAAAGAGCCAACCAAAACGUUUGUUCCUGUGGUGAGGAAGAAGAAGACAAAGGCCAAGGUUCCAGAACCAGAGCAGGUGUUUGUGUCUCCACUGCGUGAGCGUCUGGGUCUGGAUCAGACCAAGAAGGGUCAGUCUGCACUGAUGAUCCGCGAUGCCGCCAGAGUUGACCACGGAAACUACACCAUAAAGGUGGAGAACACUCACGGCGUCGCCACGGCAACCUGCAUCGUCAACGUCCUCGACAAACCCGGUGCUCCAAUCAACUUCACCUUCGAUGACAUCAGAAACACGUCAGUCAUCUGUAACUGGGAGGCACCUGAAGAUGACGGCGGUAGCGAGAUUCUGAACUAUAUCCUGGAGAAGAGGGACAACAAGAACGACGAGAGCGAUUGGAUCACCGUCACCUCCACGCUGAAGGGAACCAGCUACCCCAUCACCAAACUCAUCGAAGGAAAAGAGUACAUCUUCAGAGUCACUGCUGAGAACAAGUAUGGCUGCGGACCACCGUGCAUCUCUGAGCCGCUGGUCGCCAAGAACCAGUUCAAUCCUCCCGAUGCUCCCAACACACCACGAGUCCACGAGGUGACAGCGAGCUCCGCCCACAUAUCCUGGCACGAGCCGAAGGACAAUGGCAGCCCGAUCCUGGGCUACUGGAUCGAGAGGAAGGAGGUGAACAGCAAACACUGGACCAGAGUGAACCACGCCCUCCUCAACUCUCUGGAGGUGAAGGUCAGGGGCCUGAUGGAGGGACUCACCUACAUCUUCAGAGUGUGUGCCGAGAACCUGGCCGGCCCUGGGCCCUUCAGUGAGCCCACGGAACGUAUCCUCACCAUGGACGCCAUCCUGCCUCCUGGUCCCCCCAUGCCAUGGAUCGUAGACACCGGGAAGAAUUCCGUCAUUGUGGCAUGGAAGCCGCCGCUGUACAACGGCGGAGGAGACAUCCUGGGAUACCAUUUGGAAAAGGUUUUGGCGGGAGAGAAGGACUGGAGUCGCAGCACAGAGUUCAGGUGUAAAGAGCUGACGUACACAGUGACAGGCCUCACAGAGGGAGCAGAUUAUUAUAUCAGAGUCAUCGCCGUCAACGACGCUGGCCCCGGAGCUCCCGGCGUUACCGAACCUGUCACCGUCAUUGAGCCUCAAGAACCCCCCGCUGUCGAAUUGGAAGACUCUGUGAGGAAUGGCGUCUUCAUCAAGGCGGGCGAGUCUCUAAGGCUCCCGGCUGUGGUGACUGGCCGACCCCAGCCAGACGUCAAGUGGGCCAAGGACGAGGGCGAAAUUGACAAAGAGAGGAUGAUUGUGGAGACUGAGGGCAAGAACAGCACUUUGUUCAUCAAGAAGACCAUCAGGGCGGAUCACGGAAAGUACCAGAUCUCUGGUACCAACAGCAGUGGAACCAAGACAGCUGAGACCAGAGUGGACGUCAUGGACGUACCUGGACCUGUGGUCGACUUGAAGACGGUAACUGUAACCAAAAAGAACAUCACCCUCACCUGGUCCGACCCAUUGGACAACGGUGGUAGCGACAUUGUCGGCUAUGAGGUGCUGAGGAAAGAUGCCAAGAUGAAACUUUUCCGCCAACCCAUUGAGAUGGCGUCCUGUAAGUGCGACGUCCAGGGCCUGCUGGCCGGUGAAGAAUACGACUUUAGGGUCAUCGCAAGGAACAAGUAUGGUGAUGGAGCUCCGGCCGACUUGGGACCGAUCCUGGCUGAGGAUGCUAAAGGAACUCCGUCUGCCCCUGAGAAGCUGCACUACACUGACAGAAGUAAGAGUUCCAUUAGUCUGGCCUGGGAGCCACCUCGCACUGACGGCGGCAGCCCCAUCAGAGGGUACUAUGUGGAGAAGAUGAGGUCAGAUGGAACAGAGUUUGAAGUGGCCAACCGCAAAAUCUUCACAGAGUGCUGUGGAACCAUUGAGAACCUGUCAGAGAACCAGGAAUACCAGUUCCGUGUCAAAGCUGUGAAUGACGUUGGGGACGGAGAUCCAUCCAAACCAAUCACUGCGAAGAUCCAGGAUGAUGAAAUCGCUCCUGUGAUUACGAUCCUGAAGUUCUUCAAGAGCAACGCAAUCAUCGUGAAGAAAGGUUCCGCCAUCGAUAUCCCAGCUGAUGUGAAGGGACUUCCUCUACCAACCUUCCAAUGGAUGAAGGACGACGUGGUGAUUGAGAAGCCUGAAGGCGAGAAGAUGACAAUGGAAACUGAGGAGGUCAACAGAACAACUCUGACAACAAAGAUUGCCAUCCCAGAAACCAUCAGGCAGGACAAGGGCAACUACAAGCUGGUAGCUGAAAAUUGCUUCGGCAAAGCUCAGCAAGUCAUCAGGGUCGAGAUCCUCGAUCGUCCUCUUCCUCCAAAGAACCUCAUGGUCUCGGACAUCAAGGCGGACUCAUGCUACCUGACCUGGGAGGCCCCAGAGGACAACGGUGGCAGCGAGAUCACAAAUUACAUUGUGGAGCGCAGAGACGCCAGCAAGAAGAAAUCUGACUUUGAUGUUCUCACCAUUAACCUGAUUGACAGGAGAUAUGGG